AUGAAUUAUCCAAAAAGGUUUUCGAUUGGUAAAAUGUAUUAAAGAGAAAAAGGGAUUUACCUGAAAGAUAAAAAUUGCACCUCAUAGUCAAGAUAUGAGUAAACUUAAUAUGAAAUUGAUUAUACGAAUUAAGGAGUGAAGCUAUAGGAUGUUGAACUAGCAACCUUCUAUCUCAAAAAUGGAUUACCUUAUCGAGGUUUGAAAGCCACAGAUAACAUUCCAGCCAAUUAUCUUUUGGUUCAAGUUCCCCGCCAAUUGAUAAUUAGCAGUCGAACUGCAUUUCAAUCAAGUCAAAAGGCUUUUUAUUUUAAACAUAGAGAUUUUUUUCUGGAUCAUGAGGAGGGAGAGGAACAUACAAUAAUGGCCUUCCUCAUUAUGAACAAAAGAGAAGGAAUUAAGUCAAAAUAUUAUAGAUUUAUUACAUAACUACCCAUAGAUGUUAAUAUGCUGAUAUUUUGGUCGGAAGACAAAUUGAAAUUAUUGCAAGAUGAAAAUUUAAUCCAAAAAGUACACAAAAAAAAGGAAGAAUAUGAAUAAACAUAUUAGAUAUUCAAAGCUAUAAUGAAUGCUACAGAAAAUGAAUUCUAAUGGGCAUACAGUAAUUUAUACACCAGAGAUUUUGGACAUAAUUUGAAAUACAAAAGCAUGGUUCCUUUUUGUGAAUUCUUCAAUCAUGAAUGUGUGGAUGUUCACAUUGCUCUGUUGUCAGAAGAUGAGUUAAAAGAAUAAAAUGGCUAGACUUUAAUUAAUAUUUAGAACCAGAAAGACCAGAAAGACCAAAAAGAUCAGAAAGGAAAGAAGGCAACAAAAAAGUAAACGAAGUAGCAAAAUAAAAAGAAAGGAGAUUUUUAUGCAGAGGAGGAACUCUAAAGUGUUUAAUCUUCAUCAGAUUCAGAUAAUUCAUUAGAUUUAGAUUAAAAUGAAUCAGAUCUAGAUGACUUCAUUGCAGAUCAAAUCAUUGAGUGGGCUAGUAAAAAUGAAUUAGAGGAAUAGACUUUUGAAGUCUUAAAGGAUUAUGUGCUAUCUAAUCUCAAAGCUCAGUACACUUAGGAAACAGUGUAAAUUGAUAGGAAUGAAACAAAGAAAAUAAUGAAUUGGAUAGAGGAUGAAGAUUUUGAUUAUUUCUGUAUUAGCUCAUAAAAGACUGAAAAUUUCAAGAAAGGAGCUCAAGUAUACUUUAAUUAUGGAAGACUUUCAAAUAGAGAAUUACUAUUAAGAUAUGGAAUUGCCAUAGAAAGAAACAAAUAUGAUCAUGUCUAUUUAAGAAUUAACACAGAAGAGUUAUUAAAAAGGAGAGGGAUGAGAGUAUUUUAAAAAUAGUAUUUAUCGAUUAAAUUAAAAUAUACUGAGUUUCCUUUUGCUUUGCUUAAGUUUUCCAAGGCUAUUACAGAUUUUAGAAGCGAGAACCAAGAUUACUAUGAUCUUUAGAAUGUGUUGAAAACAAUAGAUAUUUAGACAGAAUUGAGAGGUUAAGAAUUUCUCAUAUCUUUAGGAUUGAAGAAAUCUAUUGAGUUGUUGAAGUAAUUUAAGGGCGAGUUCAAAGAAGAUCUUACUAAAAGUGAUCUCUUAUUAAAGGAUAAACAGUUGGAUUAUGAUGAGUAUUUCUCUUUGGUUUACAGAUUGGAAAAGCAGAGAAUUCUCCAACAAAAUAUUAUAUUAUUAUAAUUGGCCAGAGAAAUUCUAUUAGAUCCAGAGAGAUUGGAUUACGUUUGUAGUUCUUAUGAGUCAUCCUAAUAUGAGUAUACUUAUAGGAUAAUACUGAAAAAAUACUUAGAAUAGAUACUAAUAUAAUGA